CACGCCCUCAGGAGCAGGUCAAGAACCUCACUGAUCACGCCCACGCCGACCUGACACGCAGCCAACGUCCACAUCCACAUUCACGUCCACCAUCACGCCGCUGCUCCAUCCGCACCUCCAUACCCACAUCUUCCUCAUUGUUCGUUGUUCGGCCAGUCCUUCGCGUUUCAGAUAUCGUCCUGCUGGCUGACAGGCACCGGCUGUCACUGUCCCCCAGACCCUUCGAUCAUCUCUCCUACUCUCCACCACUUGGUUUCUUUGAUACAAGCACACUCAACCGCUGACCACAACACUCUCGAUCAAAGCCCAUCAUCGCAAGAGCUCCUCAAUUAACAACGUCAUCCCUCUCUAUCAAUCUUGUCGAUCACGCCCUCAGGCAAAUAUCAGAUCGUUUUGCAGACACGGACCCUUAAGCACAAGCGAUAACCAUGUCAUUCAGAUGAAAGAGAAGACCGUCGAUGCUACACUUUCUCAAUAUGCCCAUCGACCAGACUCUUUGAGCCAUAACCACCAUGCUAGCCUCCAAACCUCCGUACGCCUCAACAGCCGGCAGCAUUCAACUGCCCACCCGUAACAUCUCCGAAGCCUCGUACCGCACACAGGCGUCCUCCAUGGCCCUCCAGGAUGGCCUGUUCACCUCUCCGACCAACUCGGAAUUCUCUGAUGCCUUUGACGGCCUCGAGUCGAUUCGUGCUUGGGACGAGAAAAGAGUGGGCGAGUGGCUCCAUACCAUCCGCUGCGGUCAGUAUGAAUCUUUAUUCAGGCUCAACAAUUUUACUGGGGAAAGCCUAUUAGAAUGCGACCAGAAGAUAUUGUCCGAGAUGGGUAUCAAAAAGAUAGGAGACCGUGUCAGAAUCAAUGUCGCCAUCAAGCAGCUCCGUAACAAGGCUUCUCUCAUGCGCACAAAGAGGAACAGAGACUCUCUCGCCAUCCUUGACGACUUCCCCGCCGCCGCCGCCGUCGCCACUCCCUCCUCCUCUGACUCGCCUCGCACCCACGGCUCUUUGUCUGGCACCGGCAGCAGCAAACGGUACUCCCGCCAACUUGAUCCCUCAGCUUUACAGAAUUUCAACUCGGCCAGUACUGGCUUCAAGGUCGGAUCUCGCCCAAGCUCCCCUCUGGCCGAUGUCCAGGGUGCCGCCAUCAGAUCCCAUCACUAUGUCAAAAGUCCAAUGGAAACUGCAAGAUCCAACCAGAGUGCUGGCUACUUCAGUCAACCCACCUCGGCCAAUUCUACCUCUGGGAGACGCCCAGAGACUCCUCAGAUGCCAACUCAAACUACAAGAGUGGCCCAUCUUCGCCAAAACUCGAGUAUUGAUGGGCUCACCCCAGGCGGUCUUCCUCAGGGUUCCCCCGUCAUCAAAAUCAUCCAUAACGGUGGUCAGACCAAGGUUGUCAAUAUCAAAUUCUGUAGGACUGCUGAGGAUGUCACAUCCACUGUCCUCAAGAAAUUGCUUCUUUCGGAGUCGCAGUUUCGAAAUUAUUGUUUCUAUAUUUUGAAUGGCUUGGAACCUGACCCUGCCAAUUGCCGUCGCGUUUCUGAUGUGGACCUCAUGAAGAUCUGUAACGAAUCAACCAGAUCGGAACGAAACCGUCUCAUCUUGCGAAGAAUCAACGAUGGUCCCCCCGAUAUCGAGGAGAUUCGCAAAGCGGCCAAAAUCGCCGUCGACGAAUCCCAAGUGCUGCACAACACCGCUCUGAGCUCCAACAACAUGCGCAAUCAGAUCAAACUCCAGAAACUGACUGGCGAAUCCUGGCAUCACAUUCAAACACCAAUGUCCCCCGUCACUACUACAGACCGGAACCGAAAUGUCAUCGCCACCGCCGAUGAGUAUGAUCGACAGGAGGCACAGCACCUCCGAAUCCCUAGCCAACAAGAUACAAAGCUACGUUCGUUCUUCGGUGCUCGACCACCCAGUGAGAUGAUCGUCCAGGAGCUGACAUCCUACUUCCCCGCCCAUCAGCGUGAAGACAUUGAAAAGACAAUGAGGAUGUCUGUGCGACGUUCACAGCGCAUGAGUAGAGCCGCCAGCCGCCUGAGCAUCAUGAGCAACGUUAGUUAUGCAUCGAGCAUGAGAGAUGCACCUCCAGUCCCCACCAUACCUAGCAUUGCGGAGUCUUGGUUGUCCCAUGGUGGUGGCAACCUUCGAGCCUCCACCGCAAGGCCUCUCUCCGUUAUGUCGACGCGUUUCAAUCUCCCCAACGCCGCGUUUCGGGAUUCUAUUGCAUCGUCCACCCUCCAUCCUUUACAGGAAGAAUCCCCCAUCGAGCCCAAUCGCAAAUCCUAUGUCUCCUUUGAUAGUGGCUCCGAUACUGCCAACCAGAGUGAAACGGCGAGAGCCAGCUUCAUCGACGAAAGCCCUGGUGGUGAUAACCUCAACGAGAGACUGUCGGUGAUUGUUGCCGAAGACGGCGAAGAAGAAGACCAGGAGCUCACUUCGUUCCUUCAGGGUAACAGCUUUGACAAGAAUAAUUGGAUGAAGGGAGACUUGAUCGGAGAAGGCUCUUUUGGCAGUGUCUAUCUUGCCCUGCAUGCCAUCACUGGUGAGCUCAUGGCUGUCAAACAGGUUGAGCUACCAGAUGUAGCUAAAGGUACCGAUGGGGACAAAAAGAAAGCCAGCAUGAUUGCUGCUCUCAAGCAAGAAAUCGAGCUUUUACAAGGCUUCCGCCACCCACACAUUGUCCAAUACCUCGGCACCUCAUCCGACGAUUCUCACCUGAACAUUUUUCUUGAGUACGUCGCUGGUGGAUCCAUUGCAGGCAUGUUGAAGCAGUACAACACCUUCCAAGAGCCAUUGGUGCGCAACUUUACUCGACAGAUCCUCGAGGGACUUUCGUAUUUACAUGCUCGGAACAUCAUUCACCGCGACAUCAAGGGGGCCAACAUCUUGGUCGACAACAGGGGAGCCGUCAAGAUCUCCGACUUUGGCGUCUCCAAAAAGCAAGGCUUCAAUGGUAUUCAUGCGGGCCCUGGAACAAGGACUUCACUGCAAGGUAGUGUCUUCUGGAUGGCCCCUGAAGUGGUUCGUCAAAGCGGCCAGUCCAUCAAAUCCGAUAUCUGGUCGGUUGGCUGUCUCAUUGUCGAAAUGUUUACGGGCUCUCGGCCCUUCCCUUCCAUGACCACGUUGCAAACACUCUUUGCUGUGGGCAGCAACAACGAGAAACCGACGAUUCCCGAAAAUGUUUCCGAGGACGCAGUUCGCUUCUUAAACAAGACAUUUGAAGCAGACCAUGAGAAGAGACCUGGUGCAGAUGAAUUGCUGAGAGAGAAAUUCUUGCUCCCUAUGGCAUGAGCAUGGGCGUUGGUCAUGUUCAGAUGGAUUGUCACGGUUGUGAUGUGACUGCUAUUAGUAGGGGAGUGAUUGGUAGACGUGUCAACAAUAACAAUGUGCAAAUGAUCUGACGGGUCAGGUCAAGCUGGAAUCUCCUUUUCGAUCAGCGGGACAGAGAUGGGGUGAGCCUUGUGUAUGCAUGGGGCAAGGGAAGCCCACCUGAUGCCUGUAUUGAUUUUCUUUGACAGUUGUCAGGCUUUGGUAAAUGUAUGCAGAGGCAGAGUCUUGAGGAAAUAACUGACUCCUGUUUUUCGCGUUGAGGGGCUCUCAGGUAGAGACAGGUAUGCAUAAUGUUGAUUUGAUGGCUGGGAUUUUGACGGCGAUUGAAUCCAUCGUGAGUACUAUAGAGAUAGGUCGAAUAAUAAUCUGGAAAGUGACC